AUGUCGAUGCCGCCAUCACCGCCGCCGUUGCCCGUCGGCACCACCGCGCCCAUGACGACAGCGCCAAGCAUCACCGCGCCGACCGCAUCCGCCGGGACAUCGCUGGCGUGUCCCGUCUCCUCCUCGGCACCACCUGCACCGGCGUCUCCGGGCGCAUCUCCACCAUCGCCGCUGGCCGCCUUGUCUCCGGAGCAACUCGCCGCCACGCUACAUCACCUCGUCACCGCCGUCCACGGGCUUCAGCUCCACCAGCAAUAUGGGGCCGGGGCCUAUGCUCAACCGCCAUCGGCCCCGAUCGCCGCCCCUAGUCUUCUCCUACAGCAGCAGCCGCAGUACGGGGGCGGGGCGAGCCCCUUCGCGCCACCACCAGGACCGUACCAGGGCGCGGCUGCGUACGGCGGGCCCCCGUUCGGGCCGAUCCAGGCGGGAUUGGCAUCCGGGCCAGCGCCGGCCGCGGCACCCCUCUGGCCUUUGCCGCCGGCCACCUCGGCCGCCUCCUGGCUGCAGCAGCCGCCGCCCAUCGUCUGGCCGGUUCAGCAGACGCCGUUCCCCGCAUGGCCGGCCCAGCAGCCGCCGCCGACGGCGUCCCAGGGCCUGCGUCCACCGCCGUUCUCCGCGCUCUCAUCAGCCGGGACCACCUCGGGCGCGGCCUCGACUACCGGGUUACCGAUCCAUCAGGUCCGGUUUCCCCCAUCCCCGUCCCCCCUGCCAGCAUGGGCGGCGGGGUCUUCGCCUUCACCGGUCUACACCACGACCCCGGUUGAGCCGACUCCGUUUCCGCAGUCCGGCGGGCCAUCCGACCCCGCCGGCCAGUACCCGGACUACUCCGAUCAGGCACCUCCGGCUUCACUCUUCCGAGCCCCCGCGCCUGCUCAGCACGGCGGGCCGCAACAGACACCGCCGCGGUUCGCCAAACUCGACUUCGCCACCUACGAGGGCACGGAGGACCCCCUCAACUGGCUCAACCAGUGCGAACAGUUCUUUCGAGGGCAGCAGACGCUCGCUUCAGAUCGUACCUGGCUCGCGUCCUAUCAUCUUCGAGGCGCAGCACAGACCUGGUACUACGCCCUCGAGCAGGACGAGGGCGGCAUGCCACCGUGGGAGCGCUUCCGGGAGCUCUGUCUUCUCCGUUUUGGGCCUCCUAUCCGCGGGAGCCGACUGGCGGCCCUCGGCCGUUUACCAUUCACAUCUACAGUGCAGGACUACGCCGAUCGCUUCCAGGCCCUGGCAUGCCACGCGCCGGGCGUCUCCGCGACCCAGCGCGCCGAGCUCUUUGUGGGCGGUCUGCCGGACCAUAUCCGCGUGGACGUCGAGCUCCGGGAUCCCCUCGAUCUCCAGACGGCCAUGUACUACGCCCGGGCCUUCGAGCAGCGGGCCCAGGCACUGCAGCCGCCACUCGGACGGAGUGGCCGCCAGCCUAGUCGGCCAGCACCGACUUCCUCAGCCCCGGGUCGGCCUCUCCCAUCCGCGACGGCCACAUCCCCGGCUGCCACACGGCCCUUCCGUCGGCUGUCACCGGCUGAGCAGCAGGAGCGUCGCCGUCAGGGUCUCUGCUUCAACCGCGAUGAGCCCUAUACGCCGACCCAUGUCUGCCCCCGCCUCUUUUAUUUAGAGACGGUCGACUACACCGAGGAGAACGACUCGCCCGACCCGUUACAUCCGCCUGCGAUGCCCGAGGACGCGGCCGCGGAUUCCGCAGCGACGGCGUGCGUCGUCUCCCUUCACGCCCUGGCCGGCAUCCGGGGCGAGCAGACCAUGCUGCUGCCGGUGACGAUCCAUGGCGAGCGCCUGGUGGCCCUGCUAGAUACGGGCUCCACACACAACUUUCUGCCCGAAUCGACCAUGCGUCGGCUAGCCCUCCGACGACGGGCGGGGAGCGCCUGCGGAUCACAGUGGCGAACGGUGAUCGCCUCCGGUGCCAUGGGCUAG